AUAAUUGAUCCCCUUCUUUUGUAUUAAAUUUGUGUUAUUAAGAUGGCUUGAUAUUAAUUAAUUAUAAAUAAUUAAAAGUUGAAUAUUAUUUGCCCUUAGUAUGUAGUCACCUAUGACACCUUCAACUAGUUAGAUGGUUGGUUGGAAAAAAUGCUCGAAGUCUUUCGUAUAAUUGGGCUCCUCUUUUUGGUUUUUCACUUUGUUUAUUCUGAGUAUAUUGAUCCGUGCCCGCAUCAUAAUGGAUUUUCAGAAGAGGAAGCAGAGGCAGUAUUAAAAGAUUGGCCCGGCAAUCUUAACUUGGCCAAGGUUAAUAGGUCCCACAAGUGUUAUGUGACAUGCAUUUUGAUGUAUUUCGAUAUAGUUGGUACCUCUGGAGAGGUUACUCUGGACAAAUACUUCGACUCUGGGGUUAUUGAUGAGUUUGCGUUUGCACCAACAUUAUUGCGAUGCCGUUAUGAGUAUAGAGAAGAAACUGAUUUUUGUGAGCAUACUUUCGGUAUCUUCAACUGUUUCAGGCAGGAGAAGUUACUAAGCAAAAAAUAAUAAUUAUAGUAUUAUUCCGUAAAAAAUUAUAUUUUGUAUGUAAAGUGAUGUUUUUAAAAUAAACAUUCCAAUAGUUUGUUUGGUAAGUUCAACGCCAGUGGCAUCUUAAAAAAGGAUUGUAGGAUAGUUUGAGGUUUUUUAAGUUUAUUCUUCAUAAUUAUUAUUUUCGGAUUA